AACAAAAAAAAAAACCAAAACAAAACAAAAAAAAAUUACUUUUGCAUUCCCAGUACAAGUUAUGCCGAAAGUUCAUUGAGAAUUUUCAUUAAACAAAAAUGCAAAAAAGUAUAAAAUAUUAAAUUAAGGUUUUUUUACUUUAAAAAAUUCUACCAAUAAAAUGCCUUUUGACAAAAUGCUAUACAAAUACGAUGAACCACACGGACCCGGUGAUGUGUAUUUUAUGUGGCAAAAGGGUGCUUCCGGAUCACUUUUAGCAUCAACUGGCUCUGAUGGUUCAGUAGCAAUAUUCGGCCGUCAGGGACAAAUGAUUGAACGAAUCAUUCUUCAAGGUCUUUGCUCAGGAUUUUCAUGGGACAAUGAUGGAGAUCUAUUGGGCAUUAUUACAGCAAGUUCUUCACAAAUUCUACUUUGGGAUUCUAAUUCUCAGAGAAAACAAGUAAUCGAUUCGGGAUUACGUGAUCCACUUAGUUGCAUUAUAUGGUCCAAGGAAUCUCAAAUCCUUGCUGUAGGUACAACUCGUGGCAAUCUAGCCAUUUAUAAUCAUCAAACAUCAAAGAGAAUUCCCAUUUUGGGAAAACACUCAAAAAGGGUAACAUGUGGAGCAUGGUCACAGCAAAAUAUCCUCGCCUUGGGCAGCGAUGAUAAAAGUUUUUCCUUAUCCAACGAAGAGGGUGACUCUUUGCGAGUUGUCCAACUUCGUGAUGUACCUUCAGAUAUGUAUUUUGCUGAAAUGUCCAAUGAUGAAAAAGUCUCGGGCGAAAAUGCAGUCAGUAUGAUUAUUGGAAAGCGAACUUUAUUCUUGUAUUAUCUACCCGAACCGGAUUCUCCCACUGAAUUGGGAUUCCAGAGUCGCUAUGGAUCAUUGUUGCAACACAAAUGGUUUGGCGAUGGUUAUAUUCUGUUGGGUUUCUCAAAUGGGCAUGUUGUAGCAAUUUCGACACAUCCCAAAGAAGUUGGACAAGAACUUUGGCAAGUGAAGAAUCACAAAGAAACAUUGACGGGAUUGGCUUAUUGUCCAGCAUUGGAUAUUGUUGCUUCAUGUGGAGAUGAUACCGUAAAGAUCCAUUCCAUAACAAAUCUUCAAGAAACUGAGAAAAUUAUAACUUUACCUGAUCACUCCAGUGUCCAAAUGAUCGAUUGGAGUAGUGAUGGUCAACUAUUGGCAGUGACAACGAAUAAUGGUACUAUUUGUACAUUUGUAACUAAACUGCAGUCUAUGCAUGCUGUGUCACCACCAAGGAUUGCGAUGCUAAGUAGUUUGGCUGAGGUUUCUAUUUUUGCUUAUUCACCAGAAAAGUCUAAGCCCAUUCCGAUUAAACUAAAUUUGGAAAUUGAACCAUCAUUUAUUGGUAUUGGGCCAUAUCACCUUGCAGCUGGAAUGAAUAACCAUGCAUGGUUUUAUGAUUUGGGCAAAACUCUAGGUGAUGCACCAAUGCUUCUUGGUGAUCGAGAAUUCAUAUCCGAAAUAAAGGAUGUUAAAAUAAAUGUUGAUUUCUGUGCUGUUUUGUGUGGAUCACAUUUGGUUUUGCAAUCAAUUGAAUCGGAUAAUCCAAAUACUAGAGAUAAAAUAACUCAGUCUUUUCCUGGAGCAAUAUCGGGACUAAAUGAUGCAGUAAUCACUAGUCAUUUGUUGACAAAUGAGUUUCUUAUCUUUGCAACAGAUUUAGGACACUUGGUUUAUUUUUCAUUGGAAAAGUGGGCACUUAGUACAAAAUAUAAACAUAAUAUGGGCAUUAAAAGUCUCAGUUGUGAUUCAGAAGGAACAAAAUUAAUUUUUUUCGAUGAUCAUCAACAGGGAUUUGUGUUUCUUCCGACAACAGAAGAGACUCUAUUAAUAUCGGAUCUGCCGAAAAAAUGUGAAGGAGUUCUGUGGGAUCUUUCAAAAAGUAACGUAUUCGCAGUGUACGAUACGAAGAUGUGUUCAACGCAUGUCUUUCAAAGAUAUUCCAUAGAAGGAAAACACACACUUAAAAUAGGUGAAACAAAACUUCUUCCCGCUCAAGUACCUCUUAUGCUAUACGACGGUGAAUUAGCCCUUUGUGUUGAUGGUGGCCAAUUUUCUACACUUACACUAUCUACACAUCUUGUUACUCCUGGUACCAAAGCUUCUACUAAUUUACAAAAUCUAAUACGACUUAGAAAAUACGCUGAAGCAUUCAAACUUUGUGAACAAAUUCAAUUAAAAGCAUCUUGGUUGGAACUCGGACAACAAGCUCUAUCCGAUUUAGAACCCGAUAUCGGUUUGACUCUUAAAGUCUAUCGUAAAAUUGGUGAUGCAUCAAUGGUGGCUGCUUUAGAAGAAAUUCGUCAUGUCGAAGAUAUCAACACGCUUUGUGGUUUUUCUUGUCUUUUGUUGGAAAAGUCCGAAGAUGCCAAGGAGUUUUUUGCAAAAAGUUUCAAUACCAAAGAAGCUUUAGACAUUUGUAGAGAUUUAUUACAAUGGGAACAGGCUAUGCUAUUAGCUGCAAAACAUGAUCCUGAUAAAGUUCCUUAUAUUGCUCGUGAAUAUGCCUAUCAAUUGGAAUUUACAGGAAAUUAUGCCGAUGCUUUGUUUCACUAUGAGAAAGGAUAUAAGGAAGAUCUAAUCAAUGGCAAUCAGAUAUCGAUAGAAAAUUCAUCUCUGGACCUUGAAGAGCAUGUGAAACUGUGUAAAGCUGGUAUUGCUAGAACCUCAAUAAGAACUGGAGACUUUAGACGAGGAAUCCAAUAUGCAGUAGAACUUGACGACAAACAGCUUCUAAGUGACUGUGCCGAGUCUCUAGCUACUGUCGGUCACAUCACUGAAGCUGCUGGUCUCUAUGAAAGAGGAAAAUUUUACGAUGAAGCUUGUGCUCACUACAUCUCUGUGAAAAUGUGGAACAAAGUAAAUCAAAUACUUCCGAAUGUAACCAGUACAAAACUUCAUGCUACCUAUGCCAAAGCCAAGGAAGCCGAAGGACAAUUCAAAGAAGCUAUUUCAAGCUAUCGUAUUGCUGGUGACUUAGAUGCUGUUGUUCGUAUUUAUCUGGAUCAAUUACAAGAUCCACAUUCAGCAUCGGAAAUAGUACUCGAAUCACGUUCAGUGGAGGGUGCUAAAAUGUUGGCAAAGUUUUUCCAGAAAAUCGGCGAUAUCGAACAAGCACUGCAGUUUUUAGUCAUUUGUGGUUGUGUUCAGGAGGCAUUUUCUUUAGCACAACGUCACAAUAAACUCCGACAACACGGCGAACUAUUGGAGCGUCAUGAAAACGCCAAAUCAGCGGAUUAUUUAGCACUAGCACAUUAUUUCGAAAGUGAAAAACAUACUCUUUUAGCGGGCAAAUACUACUUCCUAGCUAGAGAAUUUUCUAAAGCAUUGAAAUAUCUACUUAAAGCUUCAUCUUUCACUAGCGAAGAAUCACCAGCUCUGUCAAUGGCUAUCGAUUGUGUGGCCUCAUCAAAUAGUGAUCAGUUGGCAAAUCAAUUGAUUGAGUUUCUAUUGGGUGAAGUUGAUGGUUCACCCAAAGAUCCAAGAUACCUAUUCCGUUUGUAUAUGGCAAGAAAGCACUACAAGGAUGCUGCUAAGACGGCAGUUAUAAUUGCGAAUCAAGAACAAUUGGCUGGCAAUUAUAAAGCAUCGAGAGAUUUACUUUUUUCCAUGUAUCAAGAAUUGCGACGAAAUAAUUUAUCAGUAACAUCUGAUAUGCGACAUAAUUUGAUAUUGCUACAUCGAUAUACUUUAGUGCGAUUGCAUAUUAAAUUGGGAAAUCAUUUACUAGCUGCUAAGCUAUUAAUAGAAGUUGCUGCUAAUAUAUCACAGUUUCCUGAGCAUAUUAUUCCAAUUCUAACAUCAACCGUUAUUGAAUGUCAUCGAGCUGGUAUGAAGAAAUCAGCCUUUACAUAUGCAUCGAUGCUGAUGCGUCCCGAUUAUCGUAAUCAAAUCGAUUCUAGAUAUGCGAAAAAAAUCGAAUCGAUAGUGAGAAAAGCUCCGAAAGGUAUAAAAGAUUUUAAAGAUGAAUUUGAAGAUGAAACAAUGGAAUGUCCAAUAUGUGAUGCAAAUUUACCCAAUAUGGAAGUGACUUGUUAUAGUUGUAAGACAACAUUACCAAUAUGUGUUGCAACGGGUCAACAUAUUAUCAAAAGCAAUAUGACUUCAUGUCCGGAAUGUGAUUUUCUUUGUUUCCGUUCGGAAAUGGAAAAAAUUCUUUCAGAAACUAAUCAAUGUCCAAUGUGUGGAGAAAAUGUAGAUUCUGGACGAUUACUCGAUGUUGAGGAUAUUCGCCCGUAUAUACUGUCGAUAACUUAGUUUAAUAAGUUUGAUUUUUUUUUUUUCAUAAUUUAUUUAAUUUAUUUUUUUCAAAAUUUUCACUCCCAAUAAAUUGUACAUAGUUCAUUAUGUCGUUUUUCUUUUCUUUUUACAUGAAAAUCAAAAUAACUUAGUGGCAACCAGUAGAUGAAAAGCUUUUUCCAGCUUUUCUAAGAAAAUAUGGAUCUCUGACAUGAGCAUAAUCAAGGCCACAACUUCAAUAUGUUCUCUUUCACAAUCUAUUAAUGAAGAGUUCUACGACUUUUUGGAAAGAACUUAAGGAAAACUUCCAAAGAUCGAUGACAAAAUUGUAGUCGCGGAUGCCUAAACGGGAACGGAGACAGACGAUUGGAACAGUACAGCGACCCCGACCC